CUGUGCUAGGUGUCAUGGCGAUAUUUCUUCCUGAUAUCAUCGUCAUGUACCUAGCGUACUAGUAUGUAUGUAUGUGUGUACGUAGGUAAGCAAGUGGUAGGAUAUGAGGUACAUGCUCGCCGCGCCGGCAACGCUGGUCCCGAGUGUUGCUGAUGAGCUGCUGGGUAGUUCGCCCGGUGCCGUGGUCCGGUGUCUUUUUCGACUUUCAGGCGAGACAAUGGACUCAGAGUGCCAUCCGGGUGUGGGGAUGGCGACCAAUUGGUUUGUUAUAUUGUGGUUUGGUGGCGUUGACAGGUUGUAUUGUUUUGAUAGCCACGGCGCUUAUGGGCUUGUAUUGGCUGCGAUACAUAGCUGUAUUCACUUCUAGGUAAGACGGAGUUGUGGGUAGUUACGGGUACGGCAGCUUUGCCGAGAAGCUUGUUCAACGUUUCUUUCAUAUCGAGAUGUCUUCAAACGAAUUUUACUGUUGUUUUCUUGGC